CUGGUUUUGUCAACUUGUCAACCAGCGGCUCACGGACACCGUAAUUCGUAGUUUGAGGUCUUCCACGAUGGGUCGCAUGUAUGGCAUCGUAGCGCUGAUGCUGGUCAUGCUGCUGCAUGCGUCUGUCUGCGUGCACUCUGCUCUGUACGAAGAUCAAAUCGGUCUAUUUGACUGGCACCGCGAAGGCUUGGGGGAAGUGACACACGCGGUGUUUCCUUCCAAGAACAGCAAGGACGUCAAGGUUUCCAAGGCGUUGUACGUCGCGUCGCGCGCGAACGUGCUCGCAAAGCUUGACUCCAAGACGUCGGCGGUCGAGUGGCGUCACGUUCUGCCUGAAUCGUCCAUCGAUGCGUUACACUUUGCCGAUUCUCAUGCCAGCGUCGUCACACUCUCCACCUCGACCAACAACGCGCUGACGACGGGCAACGCUACCGUGGUCCGUCAAUGGGACGCCGUGUACGGUCGUCUGUUGUGGGAGAUGAAUUUGCCUGCGUCCUCGUCAUCUUCGUCAUCCUUUGCCAAAGUCCACGAAGUCCGCGGCGAAAACGAAGUGGACGAGACGUGCCUCGUGGUCGUGCGCAACCAAGGCGUGACCAUCUUGGGCCUCAAGCGAGGGGACGUUCUCCGCACAGUGCCGUUCAAAUCCGCGACCUUCUUGGCAACUUUAAUCUCGUCCAAGGUGUCGGCGGAUGGUUCCAAGCUGUACAUCCUCGGCACGACCGACAAAGCCGCCGCGUCGCCCGUGGUGCUCCAAGUCGUGUUGAAGUCCGGCGCGCUGUCGACUCUGGACGUCGCUUCACCCGCCGCCCUCCAUCGCACCGACGACGAAGACAUCGUAGUGGCCGUCGGCGUCCUCCCCGACGGCGCUGGUCUCGCGCUGCAGUCCCUGGACGACCUCACCAAGCCCCCAUCGAUCGCUUCGCCAGCGUCGCUGCAACUGCCGUACCCCGCCGACGUGUCUUUUUCGGCGGUGGACGCGUCCCUUGGCCACGCGCUGGUCGCAUCCCUUUCCAACGACAAGCGCGUGUUCCUUCGCAUUGCUGCCGACUUGUCCGUGCAGGUGGUGGCGAGCCUGCCGUCGUCCGGCUCGUUGGUCGACUCGGUCCAAGCACCUGGCGCGCUCUUCCACGUCGCCCUCGAUGCGUCCCGGAACCUCGUGUCGGUCACGUCGCAUUACACUGGUGCGGCAUCGCCGGCGUUCACGGCAUCGCUGGACGUGGCGCUGUACGGCGGUUCCGUCCUCCGUGGGUUUGCCGGCGUCGCGUUCAAGAAGAAGGGCGCGGCGCUGUCACUCGUACGCGUGGGUCUUGUGUUUGCCGACGCCAGCCUUGUGCUCGUGUCCAAUGAAAAGCCGGCGGACGCGGGGCCGGUGUGGAUCCGCGAAGAAGCGCUGGCCCAUGUCACACAAAUGUACUGGGUCACGCCGACCUUUGACUCGGUCGACCAAGAUAAAUCUCUCAAAGUCAUCCCGACCUACUGGGAAGAACUCGGCCUCGAGCUCAAGAAGCUCGUCAAGUUUGCCUCGUCCUUGUCGACGCUAUGGAGCGCGACAGACACAACCAAGCACUCGUCCACGUUUGGCUUUGCCAAGCUGCUGGUGCUGUACACAUCCACGGGCAAGCUGUACGGCCUGGACUCGCAGACGGGCGCGGUCGCGUGGUCGCGCUUCCUGGGUCCGGGUCACCAGCUGCUGGUCACGCGGGACCAUCCGGCGUUUGGCGCGGGUGCCGAGCUGCUGGUCGUGACGCCGCAGUCCAAGCAACUGCUGUGGCUCGAUGCGGGCGAUGGCAGCGUCGUCCAUGAGGACGUGCCGGCUUCGUCGUCAAGUGGUGUCAAGUGGGUGGUGCUGCUGCCGAAACUCAAACACGUCGAGCUGGACGCCACCGUCCCGCGCCGCGUCGUGGGCGUGCUGGACGACGCGACCAACAAUGUGGACCUGUUUCCAGCCGACGAAGACGUGCGCGACCACGUCCAGUCGUUCUACGUGCACAGGUACAACCCCCACGACCACGCAUUCCAGGGCUUUGUGCUGGCGUCCACGACCGCCGCGUCCCCCGUGUGGUCGGUCGCGCUCCCCGCCAACGAGCGCAUCGUCGCGCGGUCCGUCCAGCCCGAACACCGCGCCAUCGACUCGUCCGUGACUGUGCUCGGCGACGACUCGCUUUUGCUCAAGUACCUCAACCCGCACUUGUUUGGGGUCGCGACGAUCGACGACCACCGCGUGCUGCACGUGAGUCUCAUCGACGGCGUGUCGGGCCGCAUCGUCCACCGCGUCAAGCACCGCGACGCCGCCGAACCCGUGCAUCUGGUCCAGAGCGAAAACUGGCUCGUGUAUUCGUACUGGAACACCAAAUCCAAGCGCACGGAGCUCGUGUCGCUGACGCUGGUCGAAGGCGGCGUGCCCGCGAAUGGGCUGAAUCCGUGGAAGCAGCCGCGGUGGGCGUCCGCCAAGUCGUCAUUCGAGCCCAAGUUGCCCGUGGUGCUGCAAAAGACAUUUGUCUACCCCGCAUCCAUCUCGGCGCUGGGGGUGACGGUGACCAAUCAAGGCAUCACGCCGCAGUAUAUUUUGGUAGCGCAAUCCAAUGGCCAGAUCUUUAAGCUUGCGCGUAACUUUAUUGACCCGCGGGUGCCGGACGGCGCGCCCACCCCCGAGCAGAUCAGCGAGGGGCUGUUCCAGUACACGCCGUACGUGCCCGUGCUCGCGAAUGCCCUCAACAUGGUCACGUACAACCAAACGAUCCGCGGCAUCCGGCGCCUCGUGACGGCGCCCGCCCUGCUCGAGUCGACGUCGCUCACGUUUGCGUAUGGAUUGGACCUGUACUACGUCCGACUGGCCCCUGCCAACGCGUUCGACGUGCUGCCAUCCGACUUCAACUUUGAGCUGCUCUUGUUGCUGUGCUUGGGGUUCAUUGGUGGCGCGUACCUGACAAGUGUGUUGGCCGACCGGAAAGAACUCCACGACGCGUGGAAGUAGAAGAGAUGUCGACCAUAGUGGCAUGGAUGCAUCAACAUAAUACAACGAAAACUAGCCUGUGA